AUGUACAAACAAAUACAGUCUCAAUUUUCAGGAAAUCAUGAAGACAUAGUUGCUUUAACUGACACUGAUUAUAAAAUUCUCUUGAGUGAAACGAUAGAUCAAAUUACAAUAAAUUUACAGGUUGAAGAAGAUUUCGGUGGUAUACAAGAUCCGAUAGCAAUUGAUCGAUUACUUGAUCGUCAACUACAAUAUAAACAGGCUCAACUGACAACGAUCAAUGAUCGUCUUUGGAAUUCAUUGUAUUGGACAUCUGAUUUAACAAGACCUGAUCGGUUAUCUAAACUACUGAAUAAAAUUCUGAAAAAAGAUUCAACACACUUUGACAAAUUUCUCUACGAUUUUUCGCAAGCAGACGAGACUUUGAGAAGUUAUUUAAAAUCUUCUGAUAGACAAAAGUUUGCUAACUUGGAAAAACAUCUAGCAACAAAAUCUCAAAAUACCAAACAUACAUUCGAUGUUAAUGCUUAUGAUGGAAUUGAAUCAGUCAUCAAUAUUGUAGACGUAGGCUCAGAAAACCAGAAAGUUUAUGUACAAAGUGGCAUUACUGAGCGUGAUACAAACAGUAGAAGUUUAUUAAGUGAUGAUCUAAUUCACUACAAAAUAGAUCAAGAGAAUUGUAAUGUUACGAAUAAUGAAGAAAUGAAUUGUACAAAAAUUAUUUUAGAACGACAAGAUGCAGAAAAGUUGAUUCGCUAUUUUUCGGAACAUAUUGAAAUCAAAGGCGAUAUGAUCAGCCCAAAAUCAAUCGAUGUUACACUGAUCAAUUUUGGUUCAUUAAAAUACGCAACAAAACUAGUUUCUAAUACGGUUCUAAUAAAAACUCAGACAGAUAUACAUUUUCUUCCAUUACGCUGUCUAGAUGAUUAUCAAAAUUAUUCAUUAACAAACGAUUCGUUUGCAGAGAAACACAAUCAGUUAUCAAGUAGAUUUGAUGAAUUAUUCAAAAAUUUAACAGCACAGUUCAAAUCGUCAUUAAGCACCAGUGAAUCAAAUUUCAACAAAACAUUGUCUUUAUUUGAAUCAAAACUUAAUAAAAAAAUGAUUAACGAUUCGAAUUCAUUGAAAAACUUGAUAGCAGCUAGUGAAUUAAAUCUUGAUAAAAAGCUGACCGAUAACUUCAAUAAUUCAAAAAUAUUGAUUAAUGCAAUUGAGACUCGAUUAAUGAAUCAAAUUAAAACAAGUAUAAAUGCAAGCAAUUAUUUGUGUCAAGUGUCAGCUUCAAGUACCCCAGUUCCAAAAAGUAUGUAUUUGACAUUCUAUAUAAUCUGCUAUUCUAAUGAUGGAGAUAGCUAUCUUUCAAUCGGGAAUUAUUAGUUCCGCCAAUAUUAUUACCUACAUAUUAUAGUUUUUUUGAACUACUUCAGUUAGUAGAAGAAAUAAUGCUUCGAAAGAAGUUGCAUUGACAAAAUCAACCUAAAAGGAUUCUUUGCUACAAAUUGAAAGUAAAUCUAGUCUCCGUAAUUUAUAAAAAUACUGUAAGCAUCCAACUUUGAAAAAUCUCAUAUACACCACCCUACGAAUAUGCGAGGUUCGAAAAGCUCUGUUUACAAACACCUGAUGAUCAGCAAACAUUAGAAUAAUAAUUUUCCAUGACAUUGACACUGAUAGUACCUUAUAUUACUUAACACAAGGUAAAUUACAUCACAAACAUCCACAGAAGUUCAUAAUCUAUAGUUUGAUAUCAACAUAUUCUUUGCUUUCAUAAGUUCUUCUGAUAACCUUUUAGAAGAAAGUACGUUAUACUGAUCUUUUAAUUCAUUUAUACAGAUACUUCGACGAGUAAUGACAAAUCUAUAUAGACAUUAACCUUAAACAAGUUUUUCAAAAAACUUAAAACUUAAGUCUGCGAGUUUUCUUGAUAGAGACGAAUAUCCUUAGACGAUUGAACAUUCCAAACUUUGGAAUUCAUUGAAUUUGUAAUAAAGUUAGACGCAUGUAGACUUCGAGUAAUAUUGAAAAUUGAAACAAUUUAUCUCUCAUCACUUCAAAGGUAUUAAAAAAAUUACCUAUAACCACUUAAAAUUCAGAUGAACAAUAGUGAGAGAUAUGUCAAAACUAAUCAUAAUUAGAAGUAAAGAAGAAUGCAAUAAAUAAUGAUACAAUAUCACAUUAAUUACUUGUAUGAUAUGAAUAGUGCUUUUUGUCAAAUCUUUCGAAUUUUGAAAUGUUUUCUGCUUUCUCUUUGGAUUGCAGAUAUUUUCAAAUAUACUUAUUAGUUAUUAUUCUGAAACAAGUAGUUAUUCAUUCAAUAGAAACUCAUAAUAGAGAUCAAAGACUAGUUGAAACCAGAUCAGAUUCAUUUGAUUUGAACAAGAUUAUUUUAUUAAGAGGAAAUUUGUGAUUUAUAAACAAAAUAUGUCAUGGAUAUGCAUUCAAAAUUUUAUUAAUUAUGUUUCAGUAUUUAGUUUGAUUUAUUUUAAUUAUAUAAGAUAUUUAAUAGAAAUAAAUAGAUAUUGAUUCUGUUAAAAUUCAUCUUCGGCUCUUGUAAGAUCAUGUAUAUUUUGUUUAACAGUUAUUAGUUCAUAUUUUUUUAAAGGUAUCAUCUUCUAUUAUUCUCAACUGUAUUAUGAUAUAUUUAUCUUUAAAAAAUAGAUAGGGUGUGGGUGUGGUAAAGAGAAGAUAAACAUCCACAUAUAUAUCGAGACACGCACACCCACCACACACAUCCAUACCCACACUUUAUUGUUCAUUUUUUGAAUCACAGUUUACAUAAAGUGGAUUAAGUCAAUUUCGAUCUAUCUGUAAAAAUCAGCUGCUGUGAAAAUAUAUAUUUCAUCCGUUAACUACGAGCCAAUUUUUAUUCAACUAUUUUCUCUAAUCAUUAAUGAUUUCGGGAAAGUCGACAUAUUUUUAACAUUUUUAUACAUAAAAAGAAAAACUAACCUAGAAAAAAAUUGUGUAAAGGUGUGCUACACAGGAGUAACUAAACAAAUAUUCAUCUCUUUAUUCUUUCUCUUCAUAUCAACAAGAAUAAAUUCGAACUUGAUUUUCCUGCAAUAGUUAUCGUUGGUAUUUUUACGUAUUUUAGAAUAUUCUUAGCUACGAAAUCCGGUGUACUUAAUGAAUUAUGCAGAAUAUGACUAGAUUAACACUGAGCUCAUUCAACAAUUAUUUAAAUUUUCUUCCUUUUUUCCUUCCUGAUAGUGUAUAUGAUUGCUGUUCGUUUAAUAAUAUUAAAAAUAACCAGGCGACAUAAAAUUUGUCACUAUCGCAUAAAAAAGACUCCAAAUAUAUGACGGAUUUUUUAUAUACAUAGACUAAGAUAUUUGAAUUUGAAGUUAUUUAUGAUUUAUAUUCGAUAUGAACAAUUCAUCAUUUCAGCCGCAUAAUAUGUCAUGCUUUUUAUUUUAAUCAAAUCAUCGAGUAGACAUCAUCGACUUGCAAAGAAUUCAGGAUGCCAUUAAUGUUAAAACGUAGGAAGAUGUAAAAUUAUUUCGCUUUCAACUUUCCAAGAGCUUUGUUUAUUCGCCACAACAAAAUAUCACUUGAAUAUGAUAUUAUUAAAUUCUUUUCUGUUUAUCCUUAUAAAACAAGAAAAGAUGUGUCUGUAAAUUAAACAACGUUGAAUAUUCCUUUCAAACUCACGUUAAAUAAUACUAAGCCUCAUAUUCAGCGAGUGAUACAUAUAUAUACCCCUGGAAAGCGAAAGCUGCAGUGAGUAUUUGACCCCUUUUCACACUAGAAAAGGACUUAUUGGGAAAAGUAAUUAUACCAUUCGAUAGCCCUUGGAGUUUCCUAUCGAAC